AUGGAAACCAAAUUCUAUAGCCAACAUAGCCGAAGUGUUGCACAAUCCGUAUUCGCACGAAUGGCAAGGGCUGAAAAAAUUUUGCCUGGUUAUUAUGGACCCCGUGGAAUGCAAAUCAUUAUGGAUUCAGCAAAUACAGCCCCGAUGCCACCACUUCAGUUUGUUCAGCAGAUUCUUGUUCCAGAGAUGGCCGCACGACUUAUCCAAGAAGAUAAGAAUGUUUCUUAUGACGACGCAGUGGAUAUCAUGAAAAAGAGUGCUAAAUUCGGCAGUGCCGUCAAUCCCACCAUAGAUUCGGAUGAAAGCGAAAGCAGUGAUGAAUGAUUAUAAAAAGCAACACGAAUCAUAACCCCUUAUGCAGUUCUGCACUUUUUUGUGUCAAAUGUCGUUUACCUCAUCGUACUCGACGAUUUAUGCUCUUCUUGUCUCAUAUAUAAGCUCUUGUGUCUUGUCUCUGGAUUAAUUGUUCUUUACAAUCAUAUCAAAACCUAUUUUCCUGAUCCCUUAUUUCUUACUACAUGUUUUGUUCUUCGCCCUCCAAAUAUUCAACUAUUUGGUGUACACAUUAUUAUCAUCUUACAUUAUAUAUACGUCGAAUAUUACAUUGACCGUCAAAUUUUAACUGAAUAGGAUUACAUGACAGC